AUGCGCGAAAUCCAACUCUCAGAGAAGCUAGAGAAAAUGCCGCUACCUUGCGAUUGUUUCGAUCUGAUUGGUGGUACGAGCACGGGAGGGAUCAUUGCGCUCAUGCUGGGCCGCCUUCGCAUGUCCGUCGACGAUGCCCUCCACACGUACGCCAAGCUUUCAAGGGAGGUAUUCUCAGACAAAAAACUUCGUGGGGAUGGAGUCUUCAAAGCGAGUAAGCUAGAGUCUGCGAUAAAGAAAGUGAUCUCAGCACAACCCGCGGCUAUGAAUGAUUCGGAGGCGAGGAUGAGGGAUGAUGCGUCCUCUAGUGUAUCGUGCAGGACGUUCGUCUGCGUUACGGUUCCAAACGCUCUAGGUGCACCCACUCCCACGCUCUUCCGCACCUACGAACCACGCCACGAACGCUUCGUCAACUGUAAGAUCUGGGAAGCCGCUCGCGCUACAUCCGCUGCGCCUACAUUCUUCAAGGCGGUCGAGAUUGACAAUGGGUUUGGCGUUCGCAGUCGCUAUACUGAUGGCGGCAUUGGUUAUAACAACCCUGCCGGUGUUGUGCUUCAUGAGGCAUCUUCGAUAUUCCCAGAGCGAAAUAUUGCCUGUAUGAUCAGCAUUGGGGCCGGAAAGCUGAAAGUUUCUAGCCUAGAUAAACCUAGUUUCAUUCAGCGUAUCAUGCCACGCAUUAAUAUUGCUGUCGCUAUCGCAAACAUCGUCACAGACUGCGAAAAGGUCGCAGAGGAUAUGGAGCACCGCUUUCAUAAUUCACCUGGUGUUUAUUUUCGUUUU